AUGACGAGAGAAGAGAAGAGUAGAGAAGAGAAGGGAAGAGAAAAGAAGAGAGGGAGAGGUGAGAAGAAGGAUUUGGAGAGGUUGAGGUCGUCACCGGAGUUCGUUAUAGCCUCUGCACCCCGUGACCGUGUUGAGCUCGCCACCACCGUUAAUCGCAGCCCAUCAUCGUGUUCCUCUCGUCGAGACGAAGCCGUAGACACCAAGCACGCCUCAAACGGAGCCCGGACGAAGCCGUACGCGCCUCCAGAAAACCGCCCUUCGCGCGCGCGUGAAACGCACGCGCCGCCGCCGGAAAUCGUCGCCACCGCAGCUCCGCCGCCGGACCACCGUCCGCCGCCGCAGCUCCGCCGUCGCCGCCGGCCAACUUUCCGGUAAGCC